CAAAACUAUUAAGCUAGUUUGACAACGCCCAGAAUGAACACCACAGAAGAAGAACGAGCACCACAAAAGAAUACAAAAAUGUCGACCCUCUGAGGAAUAACGAGCCAGCAUUUGAUGGCGUUAAGGUGGAAAAGAAAGUAGAUAAAGGGCGACUAUGCGGAUCCCAGUGGAGAUGAUGACGAUGACGCUUGUCCAGCUUCCAGAGAGCCCAAAUGUCUCCCUUGGAGCUCUUUGCGUUCCCACACGCAGAUAUUUUAUUUUGGGAUGUCAAUCGGUCGCAAGAUGCCAUCGUAUAUCUUGAACACUUUGAUAUGUGCAGUCCUCUGAAAUCGUCCCACGUAGACUCAAAGUAAAAGUUCCGUCUUUAUUUUUGUGACUUGUCGACACAAGACACAACAUUUCCAUUGUGCUGUUUUUUUUUUUUUUAAAUUAAUUAUGACUCAGUUUCACAGAUGUGUUCAUCCCUAACGAACUGAUGUGCAGUGUUGUAUUUUAGUUUUUAAUACAAUGUAAACAUUGUGCCAUGAGACUGGUGUUGUUUUUGUUUUGUUGGAUGUUAUGAGUGCUAAUGUUUUUGUUUUGAUGGGUUUUUAUGUUUUCUAUUAUUAUGUAAGUCCUCAUCUUAUCUUUCAAAGUCCUCUGAAUUCCUGAAGGUUUCUGCAUUAUUUGCACACACACAAAAAUGAAUUGUCGUUGUGAGUGGUCACCUUUUAUUUCUCAGUGACUCUCAGUGCUGUGUUUUCAUAUCACAAAAGUAUUCCGUUGCGCUAAUGUGUUCUUGACAUACUUUCCAAACAAAGAUGAUUUGGAUUCUGACCUUGUAGAGUUGCAGUAAAAGUCUAUUCGAGCAGAGGUUUUGUUCUCAACAUUGUCGAAGACUUAGAAUAACGUCAGUACAUAUUGACAAAAACAUUUUAACUUCAUCUGUGAGUUUUGAAUUUGCAUUUGGAUCCAUUUUCAUGAAGAAACAAAGUGAAAACUAAACAUUUGUCUCUUUUUGGGUCGCUUACAAAGCAAAGUGCGACUAAAGAAGAAAUAAGAAAUCAGGUCUUGAAGGAGAAAAAUAAAUAAAAAGUCAUUUUAAAAAUACCUCUCAAUCAAACAAGAGACACAACACGGACAAGGAUCAAAUGAAUCAACUCUGAAAACAAUAUUGAAAGAAUAAAUAAAAGGGAAAAAACCCGAAGGCAGAGUAAAGGAAAGUUCAGUUUUUUGUUUUUUUUUUUUUCACUUCGUGUUUGGGGCUCCGUUAGUUUUCGUUUAAAAUCAAGAGAAAGCGAGAGUUGUCGAAUCCACAGCUCACGGUCGCUUAGUGACUGAAAGUCAUGAAAUUAUCACGAUGAAAUAAAUUAUUAAAUUGCUGUGACAAGACGAAAAUGCGAGUUGCCGCGCACGCGCUUGGCCUCAACCACGCGACAGCCGCUGACAAGAUGGCGACCCUCGCAGGAGAAAUAAAAGCACAGCACUGAGUGGCGUCAAAAACAGGAGAAGCUCGACCUCAGCAUGUCCCGGGGUGGUGCCCGUUCCCGUUGCCCCGGCGAUAUGAAGCCGGCGUGACGCGGCGCGGCACGCAAAGAGCUUCGAGUCGCCAUGGACCGCUGCAAGCACGUGGGCCGGCUGCGGCUGGCCCCCGACCACUCCAUCCUCAACCCGCAGAAGUGGCACUGCGUGGACUGCAACACCAGCGAGUCCAUCUGGGCGUGCCUGGGCUGCGCCCACGUGGCGUGCGGCCGCUACAUCGAGGAGCACGCCCUGCAGCACUUCAAGCAGCAGCGCCACCCGCUGGCCAUGGAGGUCAACGAACUCUACGUCUUUUGCUACCUGUGCGACGACUACGUCCUGAAUGACAACGCCACGGGAGAUCUCAAGCUGCUCCGGAGCACCCUCAGCGCCAUCCAGAGCCAACGCUACGAGGUCACCACCCGCAGCGGGCGCACCCUCCGCUCCGCCGCGGACGCCCCGACCCCGUGCGGCGCCAGCGAGCUGCAGCUCCGGGACGAGGACCGCAUGUUUACGGCCCUGUGGCACCGGCGCCACGCGCUGAUGGGUCGCGUCUUCCGCUCGUGGUUCGGGCUGACGGAGCUCGGGCGGGCCAGGCAGGAGGAGGAGAGGCGGCGCCAGGAGGAAGAUGAUCACAAACGUGAGGCGAGGGAGCGAAGGCGUACGCUCAAGAGGCAACUGCACGAGCCACCGGAGGCCGCCCCGCAGAGGAAGAGUCGCCGCUUACGUCAGAGGACUCCGAGAGCUGCGGAGGGCGCCGUCGAAGCCCCCCGAAAGACGGACACGCCCGCACCCCUGGCCCGCCGCUCUCGAACCGGGCCCAGGAGAAACGCGUGCGGAAAAAAGACUGACGCAAAACCCAAAUCCGAGAGCCGCUCGUCGUCUCGCAGCAAAUGGAAACGCAAACCUCUCCCCGGUGCCCCCAAAGAGGGCGGCUCGCCCCUCAAGCGGCGCCCGACGGUCACCCCCGGCGUGACGGGCCUGCGGAACCUGGGCAACACGUGCUACAUGAACUCCAUCCUGCAGGUGCUGAGCCACCUGCACGUCUUCAGGGAGUGCUUCCUGCGUCUGGACCUGGCGCGGGCCCUGGAGCUGCUGGCGUCCGCCGUGCACAGCCGGCUGGCCGGCGGGGGGCCCCCCCGCCCCGCUCGCCCCACAGGAAGGGUCCGGGCGGGGGCGGGGCUGAGCGGCGGCGCCUCGCGGGGCCGCAGCAUGGAGCUGAUCCAACCCAAAGAGCCCAGCUCCGAGCACAUCUCGCUGUGCCACGAGCUGCACACGCUGUUCCAGGUGAUGUGGUCGGGCAAGUGGGCGCUGGUGUCGCCCUUCGCCAUGCUGCACUCGGUGUGGCAGCUCAUCCCGGCGUUUCGCGGCUACGCCCAGCAGGACGCGCAGGAGUUCCUCUGCGAGCUGUUGGACAAGGUGCAGCAGGAGCUGGAGAGCACGGGCGACGUGCCGCACGCCCGGCGGGUCCUCGGCGUGGUCAACACCAUCUUCCACGGGCAGCUCCUCAGCCAGGUGACGUGCGUGGCCUGCGGCCGUCGCUCCGACACGGUGGAGCCCUUCUGGGACCUGUCGCUGGAGUUCCCCGAGCGCUACCACAGCAACAGCAGCCGCGAGUGGGCCGCGCAGGCCUCCUGCCACCUCACCGAAAUGUUGGCCAAGUUCACCGAGACGGAAGCGCUGGAGGGGAACAUCUACGCCUGCGACCGCUGCAACUCAACGCGAAGGAGGUCCUCGUCCAAAGCGGUCCUCCUCACCCACGCAAAAAAACAGCUGAUGGUCCACAAGCUGCCUCAGGUUCUGCGGCUCCACCUCAAGCGCUUCAGGUGGUCCGGUCGCAACCACCGGGAGAAGAUCGGCGUCCACGUCAGCUUCGACCAGCUCCUCAACAUGGAGCCGUACUGGCGCGCCGGCGAGCCCUCGGCCGCGCCGGCCCCGCCGCGCGCCAAGCGCUUGCUCUACCAGCUGUCUGCGGUGGUGAUGCAUCACGGGAAGGGCUUUGGAUCGGGCCACUACACCGCCUACUGCUACAACUCGGCGGGAGGGUUCUGGGUCCACUGCAACGACUCCAAGAUGAACGUGUGUUCCGUGGACGAGGUUUGCCGGGCGCAGGCUUACAUCCUCUUCUACACGCAGAGAGUAACUCGGGACAAAGACCGGCCGGCGUAGUUCCAGCCCGUAUGUGAAAGGACUUCUUCGUCUGUGGCAGUCAUCAUCUAAAGUUUGUCUUUUUUAAAAAAAAAAUCAGGUGCUUCAGAAGGGCAACGCGGCUACAACGUAUCGCGUACGGGGAGGCGCAGUCCUGCUAACUCGCUUUUUUUUUUUUUUUUCUUGUCGGCCCGGAUGCAGGCAGGCCUUCGCAGGACCUGGAAACCCCGAAAAAAAAAAAACAAGUCCCACUUGUAGUCCUGGUGCUCGGGAUCAUUGCAGAUCAUUUUGGUCCAUCCCUUUUCACAUCAGCUAAAAUGCCCUUUUUUAAACAACAAAAAACUAUUUUUAUAGAGCAGCCUUUAUGAGGAUUGUAAUUUUAUAAUUCCUGAUUUAAAUCCACCUGCGAUUUUUGUAUUUUUUUUUACAGAUCUUAUAGGUAUUUUAUGUAUUUAAUGGAGCAUACACUCCAGAGAUGCUGUACAAAAAAAAAAGAUUGAAAUUUUAACAUCAGCUCCUCCUCCAUUUCUACUAUGCAAAUUGUUACCUCACUGUUU